GGUCCCUUCACGCAGGAUGCCUGGGAAAGCGUGGCUUUUCCGGGUUGCAACUGGAGCUAAGGGCGAGGGUCGGCGCCACAUGUAGGCUUGCAUCCCCCCAAGCUGUGGACUCGGCUGCAGAGCAGCGGGUACCCAGUUCCCGGAGCUUUUCACACCUAGGCCUCCACUGGGAGACUUCUCGGGACCACACCUCCCGCUCGCAUGGCGGACAAGAAGCUGGUGGUGGUGUUUGGAGCCACAGGUGCCCAGGGGGGCUCAGUGGCCCGGACGCUCCUGGAAGAUGGGACAUUUAGGGUCCGAGUGGUGACCCGGGACCCUGGGCAGAGGGCAGCGAAGCAGCUGGGGCUGCAAGGUGCAGAGGUAGUGCAGGGAGACCAGAAUGACGAGGCCAGCAUGGAGCUGGCCCUGAGCGGCGCUCACGCCACCUUCAUUGUGACCAACUAUUGGGAGAACUGCAGCCAGGAGCAGGAGGUCAAGCAGGGAAAGCUGCUGGCCGAUUUGGCCAAGCGCCUGGGCCUGUGCUACGUGGUCUACAGUGGCCUGGAGAACAUCAAGAAGCUAACCGGGGGGAGACUGACAGCGGGACACUUUGACGGCAAAGGGGAGGUGGAGGAGUAUUUCCGGGACAUCGGCGUCCCCAUGACCAGCGUGCGGCUGCCCUGCUAUUUUGAGAACCUCCUCUCCUACUUCCUGCCCCAGAAAGCCCCGGAUGGAAGGAGCUACUUGCUGAGCUUGCCCAUGGGUAACGUGCCCAUAGACGGCAUGGCUGUGGCCGACCUGGGUCCCGUGGUGCUCAGCUUGCUAAAGACCCCACAGGAGUACAUCGGCCGGAACAUCGGGCUCAGUACCUGCAGACACACGGCGGAGGAGUACGCUGCCCUGCUCGCCAAGCACACAGGCAAGGUGGUGCGCGACGCCAAGACAAGCCCCGAGGACUACGAGAAGCUUGGCUUCCCCGGCGCCCGGGACCUGGCCAACAUGUUCCGUUUUUAUGCCCUGAAACCUGACCGCAACAUCGAACUGACCCUGAAGCUCAACCCCAAGGCCAGGACUCUGGACCAGUGGCUGGAGCAGCACAAAGGGGACUUUGCAGGGCUGUGACCCUGCCCACCUCUCAACCCCGUCUGGGGGUACAACGGGGGGUGCGGUCACAGUGACCCUCUCUUGUGUUACAAGAAAGUUUAUUUUUUAAAUAAAGGCCAUUGUUCUCACAGAUGGCUUCCAAAAGAAAA